AUGAUAGAUUUUAACAAACGAGCGUUUUGCCAUUUUACACUUAAAGAUAUUUUAAGAAUUAUAUCUUCAGUUGCUAUACCCAUAGCUCUUGCUAUUUACACUGCAAUUGGAUCUCAACAACAAAAACAACAAGCUGAGAAAAAACAAAAGUUUGAUUUUGAACAAUCAAGAGAAUUAAGACAACAAACACUUUAUGAUGAAUUUUUAAAUAAUAUUUAUAAAUUAGAUAAAGAUGGUUAUCUCAAUGACACAAAAAAUCCAUGGGCAUUUGCAAAUGCAUAUUAUCGUGCUGCUCAUCGUCAAUGGGAUACAAUACGUAAAGCAGAUGUUUUACAAUUUCUUAAAGAAAAGCAAUUAAUUGGUAGAAAUAAUUGCACUGGUGGAUGUAGAACAACAAAAUUAGAUGAUAUAAUCCGAUUAAAUGAGUUAAAUUUUGAUAAUGUACAGCUAGCAAGUCAAACUGGCGUAUUAAAUCAAUUGAAUUUACAGUGUGUGUCUUUUGAUCAAGUAUCAAUGUCAAAUGCAAUAUUUUCAUUUGCUAGUUUAAAUGGUGUAUCAUUUGAUGGAGGACGAUUAGAUAAAGUGAAAUUUGAUGGUUCAUCUUUAGCUUGUGCUAGUUUUAAUGGUGUAAAUCUAUCGGGUGCAGAUUUUGGAGACUCUGAUUUGGCCGGUGCACAUUUCUCAAACAGUGAUUUGUCAGGAGCUAAAAUAACGGAAGAUCAAAUAAACCAGGCAUCUUUUGAGAAUGUAAUUAUGCCAAACGCAAAGAAGAGUGAAAGUAGAUCCUCAACGACAAUAAAAAAACCUAUAACACAAACAACAACAAUGAUAAAAACAAAAAUGUCGACAACAACAUCACCGAUACCAACGUCGUCAACAACAACAACAAUAACAACAACAACAAUAACAACAACAUCAUUGUUAUCAUCAACAACAACGACAACAUCAUCAUCAACAGAAACAACAUCGUCAUUAUCAACAGAAGCAACAUCAUCAUCAACAGAAGCAGCGGCAGCAUCAUGGACAACAAUAUCUACUGCAGCUUGUAAUAGUACAUUCCUUAAUCAAACUAUUUACUCAGUUGGUUCAAAGCCAUAUUCAGUAGCAGUAGCCGAUGUGAAUAGCGACAACAAGCUCGAUAUUGUCACUACAAACAGUGGUUCAGGUACCGUCAGUGUUCUUCUUAAUAAAGACAACGGCAGUUUAUCUUCUCCAACUAGUUAUUCAGUUGAUACGGAUCCCCGGUUAGUAGCAGUAGCCGAUGUGAAUAAUGACAAUAAACCCGAUAUUGUUACUGCAAACUUCGGCUCAAAUACCAUCAGUGUUCUUCUCAACAUCGGCAAUGGUACUUUUUCUCCUCAAAUUACUUACUCAGUUGAUAUGGAGCCACACUCAGUAGCAAUAUACGAUGUGAACAAUGAUAAUAAAUCUGAUAUUAUUACUGCAAAUUUCGGCUCAAAUACCAUCAGUGUUCUUCUCAAUAUCGGGAAUGGUACUUUUUCUCCUCAAGUUACUUACUCAGUUGAUCAAGGUCCAUCCUCAGUAGCAGUAGCCGAUGUGAACAGCGACAAUAAACCCGAUAUUGUCGUCGCAAACUAUAAAGCAAAUACCACUAGUGUUCUUCUCAAUACAGGCAAUGGUACGUUUUCUCCUCAGGUUACUUAUUCGGUUGGUUUACUACCAUAUGCAGUAGUAGUUGCUAAUGUGAAUAACGACGAUAAAAUCGAUUUUGUUACUGUAAAUGAUGAGAAUAACACCGUCAGUGUUCUUCUCAACAUCGGCAACGGCACUUUUUCUCCUCAAGUUACUCACUCAGUUGGUACGAAUCCACGGUCAAUAGCGGUAGCCGAUGUGAACAGCGACGAUAAACCCGAUAUUAUCACUGCAAAUUUCGGCUCAAACACCAUCAGUAUUCUUCUCAAGACAGCCGACGGCACUUUUUCUCCUCAAACUACUUGCGCAGUUGGUUCACAACCACAUUCAGUAGCAGUAGCUGAUGUGAACAAUGACAGUAAACCCGAUAUUAUCGUCGCAAACCAUGGACAGACUACACAACUUCCUAAUUAUUCUUGUAGUGAAAAUAAUGUUUCUAUUCAGUUUACAUUAUCUUCAUUGUCUCAUUCCGCUUCGAAUCCAACAUCAAACUGUUUUGUACAACAAUGUAAUGCAAACUUAACUAAUAAUAAUAACGAUGAUUGCCGUUCAUCAUCAACACCUUGUUUUGAUUAUCGAACAAUAAAUAAUAUUAGUUAUUGUGCACCUGGUAUUUUAUGUUCAAUAUUAGAAACAUGUGAUAAUAUUACACAAACAUGUUCAUCUAAUAAUUCAAUAUGUGUUAUUAAUUCAUGUUGUUCACCACAAGCAGUAUGUUUACCAUUCUUAGCAACAUUUAUGUGUAAAACAGGAUGGUUUUCUACUCCCAAUAUAACUGAUGCACGAGAGUAUCACACAGCAUCUGUAUUGUCAAAUGGAAAAGUAUUAAUUACUGGUGGAAGUAGUAUUGGUCGUGAUUUAAAUAGUGCUGAGCUGUAUGAUCCGUCAACAGGUACAUGGACAACUACUAAUAACAUGACUAAUAUACGAUUUUCUCACACAGCAUCUGUAUUAUCAAAUGAAAAAGUAUUAGUUACUGGUAGUGCAGGCAUUACUGGUUAUUUAAAUAGUGCUGAAUUGUAUGAUUCAUUAACAAGUACUUGGACAACUACAGGUAACAUGAAUAAUGCACGACAGUAUCAUACAGCAUCUAUAUUAUCAAAUGGAAAAGUAUUAGUUGCUGGCGGAUUUUAUUUUAAUGCUUUAAAUACUGCUGAGCUGUAUGAUCCAUCAACAGGUAGUUGGACAACUACUGGUAGCAUGAAUAAUUCACGAAUUUUUCACACAGCAUCUGUAUUAUCAAAUGGAAACGUAUUAGUUACUGGUGGAUACAAUACUGAUGCUAUUAAUAGUGCUGAGUUGUAUGAUCCAUCAACAGGUAUAUGGACAACUACCGGUAACAUGAAUAGUGCACGACAUCGGCACACAGCAUCCGUAUUAUCCAAUGGAAAAGUAUUAGUUACUGGUGGAAUGAAUGGUAGUAGCAAUGCUCUGUAUAGUGUUGAGCUGUAUGAUCCAUUAACAGGCAUUUGGACAACUACUCGCAACAUGACUGUUGCACAAUAUUGGCACACAGCAUCUGUAUUAUCGAAUGGAAAAGUAUUAAUUACUGGUGGCAAUGGUGAUGGUGUUACUUAUAAUAGCGUUGAGCUGUAUGAUCCAUCAACAGGUACUUGGACAACGACAACUAACAUGAAUAAUUUACGAUCCUCUCACACAGCAUUUGUAUUAUCAAAUGGAAAAGUUUUAGUUACUGCUGGACAGAAUAAUAAUGCUGCUAUACAUACUGCAGAAUUAUAUUAA